AUGGCGGGCAUGGAUGUGCGAACUGGAGAUCACAGAAUGGCCACACCACCUGCGGUCUAUUCUGGAUCCCAUUCCAGUUCUACAACCCCACACAAUACAAACAUGUCUCCAUUUGGGAGCCCUACCCCCAAGAGCGUCGCAUUCGAGCUCCUCUUCCCCGAAUCACCCCAAUAUCGGGCGCGCCUCCCUAUGCGAGUGCAGAUAUUCCCCCACGAUACGACCGACUCGAUUGUAACAACAGUCAAGAACUUCUACGGUCUGUACGCUGGCCCUGGCGGUGCCAAAGGCGUCUCCUUCGAAGAUGAACAAGGAAACACCCUCAUCGCCCGGUACGAGAAUCUUCGAAACAACAUGGUCGUAUACGUUCGGGUCAUCGAAGAGCCUUCGCAAGCACUUGGCACAUAUGAUCCAUCAUCCUAUCACUCUGGCUCGCCGGUGUUGCCACAGGCGUACUACCCAGGUGAUGGCCACCACAUGCCACCACCACAACCGGCACAGGCGCUCAACUAUGGGCAACCCCUUUCACGUCCGACAUCGAGAACUUCUCGCAAGCGAAGCAUGUCCCCAAACCAGGGGCGUGGCCGUCGGAGCGCGUCUGCGAGCACGAACCCACCGCCUAUGAAGAAGAGUCGGUCGCGAUCAGGCUUCAAGAGCCGUGGAUCCAGUGCACACGGGAGCUUCGCAGAUAACCACAGCGAUGGGAUGAAUGGAUACAGCAGUGGGGAUGGAGCACCGGGCUCUGUUUCUAGCAAGACAAAAAGUGAGCACAUUGGCAACACAGAGAUCAGUUUGGACAACAUUGUCGAGGGUGGAAGACGCAAACGGGCCAAGUUCGAGAGCUCUGAGCUGCCACUCUUUGCUCCUCCGCAGAUGCCUGCUGCCACCUCGAAUUCCUCCGUUUCACCUGCUCGUCGCAUUGAGCACCAGCAACCAGUCUUUACCUUUGCACACCCCUCACAACACCCUUUCUCGAAUCCUCAACCUCUACAAUCGCCACAAAGCUAUAGCAAUGGUUUUGGACAGCCUGGGUUGUACACCACACCCGCCGCACAUGGUCGGCGAACACGGGGAGGAUCUUCAUACCCGCCCAACAGGCACUCGAUUGGUGCAACACCAAAUGGAAACAACUCAGGCAUACUCCCUACACCUGAUCCAACUGUUGGCAGUUGUAUGUCUGAGGAAGAUAAAGAUGUGGCUCUCCAGCUCAUGAGAUUGGGCGAAAUGUCAAAUAUCUCCCAUGGCCGCACUUCUGCUUCUACAUUGGAUGACACUUUCAGUGGCAGAGCAGACGCCGCUUCCUCUACUGGAGCUACCAGUGACGGAGAGAGCGAAAGUGAGGAUGAGCUGCCUCCUGCUCGCCGACAAAAGCUUGAGGCCAGCCCAAUUCUGCCUCCUGGUGCUAUCUCCAAGUUCCGCAAACACUUGGACGAUAUUUUGCCAAGCCAAGACAGCACAGAGCCAAGCGGAGAUGAAGGCGACUGCGAAGAUGGCCUUGAUGAGACUUUCAGACUUGGUGGUCCCGACGCCGCCACGGAUAUCGACCGGAAGCCAAAGAUGCACAAGUCCAAGAGUGCACCAACUGUCAUGGGCAAGCCUCGCACCAGUGCAUCUGGAGCCAAAGUCAGGUCCAGCAAGUCCAAGCAGCGGGGACCGAUGAAGAAGAAAUCCAUCAGUCUCCCAGGCAGUGCAAAGCCUAUCUCCCCGACAUCGCUCCCGUCACAAUCUCGCAAGACGUCCAACGCAUCGGCCUUGAACUUCCAGCACCAACUCGGUGACGACGAAGAGGACCUAUCUUCCAAGCCCCGCUGCCAACGAUGCCGCAAGAGCAAGAAGGGUUGCGACCGUCAACGUCCCUGCCAGCGCUGCAAAGAUGCUGGGCUAAGCGCAGAUCAAUGCGUCAGUGAGGAUGAGGGCAAUGGCCGCAAAGGACGAUACGGACGCCACAUGGGUGUUCCCGUCAAGAAAGAAGAGCUGCCUGUGGAGACAAGCUUCAUUGCUCCCUCGAUCAUGGCCGGCGGUCAAGGCAGCCCCGAUAAGAGCAAGAAGAGAAAGCGGUAG